AAGGGUAAAGCGAGGGAGGAUAGCGAAGAGGAGGAGAAGCAGGUGGAAGAGGAACGAAGCAAGAUGGGCGGCCUCCUAUCCUGCUCUACUACCAUAGGAUUCCUUAUCACCUCUACCAGGUCCAAUAAUUGCGUUGACCCGUUCCACGGUACUAUCACUAAUCCCGUCCAAUCACAUCCCGCCACGUCAUGGUUUCCGAUUAAAUAUGCUGCAACCACUGAACCGCUCAGAUCCCUCGGCCUCGGGGAAUCAUAUUGCUCUGGACCCGGUCCAGUUUUUCCCCCGGCUUACUAGACCGGGUCCAGGCGAGUUAAAAAAUCCCGAUCCUUAGACUCGGUCCAUCCUCGCUCUCGCCCCUCCACGUUUCCCCUUCGCCCCCUCUCUCCCCUCGCCGCCCCCCGUCCUCUCCGAUCUCCGAUCGGCGACCGGAUCGGCGAUCUCUUCGCUCCUCGGAGGUGGAAGCUUCGUCGAUGUGGUUCUCCUCGGCCUCCCGACGCGAUCCGCGGUUCUUCUAGGGUUUGCUCCCCCUUUUUGGUUGCGUCCGUGCCCUAAUCGGCUGCUGGGGCAACUAUUUGGGGAUAUUGCUCGCGAUUAGGGGUGAUUCGGCGCCGAAUCUUAGUUUUCUUGUAUUAACUUCCCCAAAAUCGACUGUCUUAAUGGUGGAUAUUGCAGUGAUGGACAACCCUACAUUCGACAUGGAGGUCGCGCAAGAGACGAUAUCUCUAAACAGUAACCAAGAACAGGCGGAGAAAAAUGGAGAGGACCGAGAAGAAGAAGCAGAUAAGGGAAAGGAGAGCGGAGAAAAAUCAGAAAGAAAGGACAGGUUUGCGGCCGUUUUGAGCCGCGAGGAGGCGGACAAGAAACUAAUGGAGAGUGUAGCACAUAGCGAAGAAGAAGCUUACCGGUUGUACUGCGACUAUGGACAUCGCAUGGGCUUUAGCGUUCGAAAGGGAAAGCAGUAUUAUUAUAUAGGGACUAAAAAAAUCCGUACGAAAGAUUAUUAUUGCUCAAAGGAAGGACAUAGAGAUGAUGAGCAGCUUACGAAGGCAAAUUAUAAUCGGCCCGAUACUAGAACAGAUUGCAAAGCCAUGAUUCGCUUUCAAGUCGAUGAUCAGGGGCAGUGGAAAGUGAUUCGGUUGGUCUCCGAUCAUAACCAUGAGUUGGCUAAACCAGAAGAAAGGCACUUGUUGAGAUCUGCAAGGUCUUUGACGCCUGCAAAGGGGGGUGUGACAGAUCCACUAGCAAUAGUUGGAACCCAACAUCUUAAUGCUCUAGCCGAUAUAAAUGAAGAAGGCGAGGGAGUUGAUAAUGCGGAAUUUACUAUGCGGGAUUGCUACAAUAAUCUCAAUGUGCAUAGUAUAAACCUUAUUGAGGCGGGAGACGCCCAAAGCCUAGUGAACCUAUUUAAGCGUAGGACCAAUGAGGAUGGCAUGUUUUAUUGGGAUGUGCAAGUAGAUCAGGAGGGUAGAAUGACUAAUUUUUUCUGGAGGGAUGGUAGGAGCCGAAUCGAUUAUGAUUGUUUCGGCGAUGCUGUGGUGUUCGAUACGACAUACCGCUCAAACAAAUACGACCUAAUAUGUGCACCAUUCAUCGGGGUAAAUCAUCAUUGGCAGAACGUCAUGUUUGGUUGUGCAUUUCUUUUAGAUGAGACGACAACAUCCUUUGUGUGGCUGUUUAAGACAUUCUUGGAGUCAAUGGGUGGACGGCCUCCUAAAUCAAUUAUUACAAGUGGGGAUCAGGAAAUGGCAAAAGCUAUCGAAGAGGUUUUCCCAGGCACACAUCAUUUCCUUUGUCAUUGGCAGAUUCAGAAGGAUGCACCUUCUCAUAUGGGAACUCUUAAUGCCUGUCGCCCUUUUCACAAUAUGUUCGCCAAAUGUAUGCAAGGGUGCGAUUCAGAGAUGGAGUUUGAGGAUACAUGGGGUGCUAUGCUUCAUGAGUAUAAUUUACACGAUAAUCUUUGGCUUAAUAAUCUCUAUAGAUUUAAGGAGAGAUGGUGCACGGCUCUUAACAAGGACUUUUUUGAUGCCGGGAUUCGAUCAUCGAACCGGAGUGAGAGCACGAACGAUGUAUUCAACGAGAUUGCUGAUAAAUCAACCACUCCGGCAAGGUUUGUUCUUGCGUUCGAGAAGUUGGUCAAGGAUUGGCGUAAAAACGAGCUUGAAGAAGACUUCCGCUGCACACAAACUGUGCCUGCUCGUACUGUUAAGCAUAGCGAGAUGUUGAAGCAUGCUGCAAAUAUUUACACCCGUAAAUUCUACAGAUUAUUUGAGAGUGACUUUCUUGAUGGAUGCGGUGCAACAUCAUUCCAGGAAAUUCCAUUAGGUGGCACAUUAUAUAGAUUUGAGCUCAUAAUGCAAGGAAGGGGUUCCAGGGUCUACAUAGUUUUACUCGACACUUCUACACUGGAAGUUACUUGUAGCUGCAAAAAGUUUGAGACGAUGGGUCUACUAUGUUCGCACGCCUUAAAAGCAUUUAGCGUCAAGAAUGUGGACAGAAUUCCAGAAAGGUACAUUUUAAAAAGGUGGACAAAAGAUGUUAGGAGGGGGGUGUAUAGAUUUAAGCAAGAUGAGUCAUUGCCAUUAGAAUACACUGAAUCUGAACGUACCUUUCGCAAUCGCGCGAUGCGUUUUGCUUAUAAUCUUGUUAUGAAGAGCCAGGGGCACGAGGAAUCAAGAAAGAUAUUUUGGGACAUUCUUGAGAGUGGAGAGAAGGCAUUGGAGAAAUUCUUGGACAGCAAAAGUUUGCAUUCACGUACUAAAGAUAAAGGAGCGAGCGACGAUGAGGACGAUUCUAGUGAUGGGCGUGAAGAAACUCAUCCGAUGUUCUAUACUCCGCCGGUGACUCUUCUAGGAGUUCCUACCACCAAAGUAAAAGGACGGUACAAAAAAAGAAAGAAAAAAUCAUCCAAAGGAGAGCCGAGUUCUAGAAAAGCAAAACAAGCAGCAGGUUCCUCAAAUUUCGUUGUCUUACCUGGUGGGACCCAACUUUAUUCUGUGCAAGACACUCGGAAUUAUCAGCAAGUAGUUCGGCCGAAUGCUCCAAAUGUUCCUCCGCAGGUCUAUUAUCCGGGAUAUCCUUCUGCUGGCAUGCCGCCAGGUCAAGUUUAUGUACGCCCAAAUGUGCAUCCAAUGCCUCAUUUCACAUCUCAGGAAUCCUCGGUGCAUGGUGGAAAGGUCCCUAUUCCUCCAAAUUAUCGCACUGUAAAGAACACUUGAAGACUGUAUGUAGGCAAGGUAGUUCUAACUAUUUAGAUUUUCUUUGUUGUGGAAGAAGAAGGGAUGCUAAAUGUCUUGUAAACUUCAUAGGGGUGUGACUCUAUUAUCAAAUUUUUGUUGUUUCACUCUGAACACCCAUAGUAGGAGUUAGCUUGUUCUUAUUUUUAUUUUUCCUUUUGUUGUAGUAAAGAAACAUAGCAACUCUAAUAUUCGACUGUGUUGAUUUCUAGUGGAAUGCAGUGGAAAUUGCUUGUCAAAUUUUAUUGCCGGAUGGGAGUGGAUUAAGUAA